AUGCAUCCCUUCUUCCCCUUUGGAAUCCUUCUCCUCUUUCUUUCCACCGUCUCUACGCAGCAGCAGCCACCUACAACCACCAACAGCCGUCGCGGCGGCGGCCAUGGACAAAGAGGAGGGCACCACCGUGGCAACCCCGGGAAAUUAUUCGGUUACGUUCGAAGCAACAACCCCCAAGAUUUUAACAACCAUACCAAGUUGGCGGAAGAGUUCCUUCACGCGCACAAUUGGGUGAGGAACGAGUACAAGCUUCCACCCUUCGCAUGGGACGAGAAACUCGCGAGCUUCGCGCGUGGGUAUCUCAUGCAGCGCUACAACGAUUGCAAGAUGGUUCAUUCGACCGCAGACUACGGCGAGAACUUGUUUUGGGGACGGAAGCGGCAUUGGACACCUUCCGAUGCGGUGUAUUUCUGGUACAGGGAGAAGCGUUGGUACGAUUUCAACACGCGCAAGUGCGCGUCGCCACCGAAGAUGUGCGACCACUUCACACAGAUCGUGUGGCGGGACUCCACUCGCGUUGGGUGUGCGUUGCAGCAUUGCUUCAACACGAGUGCUGGUAUGCUCGUUGCUUGCGAGUAUGACCCUCCUGGUAACUAUGUUAAUGAGAACCCUUUGGAAAUGCACAUAUAG